ACGCCUGCUGUUUCCAUGAUCGGGACGGCGGCGCUGGCCGUGCAGGUCGUGGGCAGCAACUGGCCGAAGCCGCACUACACCCUGCUGGUCACGGGCCUGUGCCGCUUCCAGAUCGUGCAGGUGCUGAAGGAGAAGCCGUACCCCGUGGCCCAGGUGGAGCAGCUGGACCGGCUGGAGGAGUUCCCCAGCGCCCUGCAGACCCGGGAGGAGCUGGGCGAGCUGUCGGAGCAGUUCUACAAGUACGCGGUGCAGCUGGUGGAGAUGCUGGACAUGUCCGUCCCCGCGGUGGCGAAGCUGAGGCGCCUCCUCGACAGCCUCCCCCGGGAAGCCCUCCCCGACAUCCUGACGUCCAUCAUCCGCACGAGCAACAAGGAGAAGCUGCAGAUCCUGGACGCCGUGAGCCUGGAGGAUCGGUUCAAGGCGACCAUACCGCUGCUCGUCAGGCAGAUCGAAGGCCUGAAGCUGCUCCAGAAAACCAGGAAGCACAAGCAGGACGACGAGAAGCGAGUGAUCGCCAUCCGCCCCAUGCGGAGGAUCACGCACGUCCCCGGCGCCCUGGAGGAGGAGGAGGAGGAGGAGGAGGACAGCGACGACGUGGUCCUGCUGGAGCGGAAGGUGCGCACGUCCAGCAUGCCCGAGCCGGCCCGCCGCGUCUGCCUCAAGGAGGUCAAGAGACUCAAAAAAAUGCCUCAGUCGAUGCCGGAAUACGCUCUGACCAGAAACUACUUAGAGCUCAUGGUGGAGCUGCCGUGGAACAAGAGCACAACCGACCGGCUGGACAUCCGCGCGGCCCGCGUCCUCCUGGACAACGACCACUACGCCAUGGAGAAGCUGAAGAAGCGGGUGCUGGAGUACCUGGCCGUGCGGCAGCUCAAGAACAACCUCAAGGGCCCCAUCCUGUGCUUCGUGGGCCCCCCCGGGGUCGGCAAGACGAGUGUGGGGAGGUCCGUGGCCAAGACGCUGGGCCGCGAGUUCCACCGGAUCGCGCUGGGAGGAGUGUGCGACCAGUCCGACAUCCGGGGACACAGGCGCACCUACGUGGGCAGCAUGCCCGGCCGCAUCAUCAACGGCCUGAAGACGGUCGGGGUGAACAACCCGGUGUUUCUGUUGGACGAGGUGGACAAGCUGGGCAAGAGUCUGCAGGGCGACCCCGCCGCAGCUCUGCUCGAGAUCAUCCAGGUGCCAGGGUACACGCAGGAGGAGAAGAUAGAGAUCGCCCACCGGCACCUCAUCCCCAAGCAGCUGGACCAGCACGGGCUGACCCCGCAGCAGCUGCAGAUCCCCCCGGCCACCACCCUGGGCAUCAUCACCAGGUACACCCGGGAGGCGGGGGUGCGCUCCCUGGACAGGAAGCUGGGGGCCAUCUGCCGAGCGGUGGCCGUGAAGGUCGCCGAAGGACAGCACAGAGAAGCCAAGUUGGAGCGCGCCGAUGCGGCGGAGGCAGAAGGCGGCAGAGAGCACGCGGAGGACACGGAGCCCCAGCCCCUCGGUGACAGUGGCACCGCCGGCCUGGCCCUCCCGCCCGAGAUGCCGAUUCUGAUCGACCUCCACGCCCUCAAGGACAUCCUCGGGCCCCCGAUGUACGAGAUGGAGGUGUCUGAGCGCCUGAGUCAGCCGGGGGUGGCCAUCGGCCUGGCGUGGACGCCCUUAGGCGGGGAGAUCAUGUUCGUGGAGGCCAGUCGGAUGGACGGCGAAGGGCAGCUGACGCUGACGGGCCAGCUGGGGGACGUCAUGAAGGAGUCCGCCCACCUCGCCAUCAGCUGGCUCCGCAGCAACGCCAAGAAGUACCACCUGACCAACGCUUCUGGAAGUUUCGAUCUUCUCGACAACACAGACAUCCACCUGCACUUCCCGGCCGGAGCCGUCACCAAGGACGGGCCGUCGGCAGGGGUCACCAUCGUGACCUGCCUGGCCUCGCUGUUCAGCGGGCGGCUGGUGCGCUCCGAUGUGGCCAUGACGGGCGAGAUCACGCUGCGGGGCCUGGUGCUGCCGGUGGGCGGCAUCAAGGACAAAGUGCUGGCGGCGCACAGAGCGGGCCUGAAGCGGGUCAUCCUCCCGCAGAGGAAUGAGAAGGACCUGGAGGAGAUCCCGGGCAACGUGCGCCGCGACCUGAGCUUCGUCACGGCGAGCUGCCUGGACGAGGUCCUCAACGCCGCUUUCGACGGGGGCUUCUCGGCCAAGGCCAGGCCCGGCCUCUUAAAUAGCAAACUGUAGGCUCGGAGCGGCUCAGGCGCCGUCCUGAAGCCCCGAGGCCCGCCGGGCUGGCUGCUCACACCAGCGGGUAAGCAAGACGUCCCUUCCCCUGUGAGCUGAUCAGCAGGCGCGAGCCUCACCGAGGGGCCACGCGGGCUACAGAGAUUUUAAUAAACAGAGAGCAUUGGCUACUGUC